GGCUUCUGUCUUUUUUUUCUUUUUCAUCAAUAGAUACUCUCUCUUCUUUCUUCAGAACUCUUUCAACUCUCAGGCUGAGCAGUAAUCACCACCUCUCCCUUGUUUACAAUCACAGGAAAAUGGGGAGAUUGGCUCUUCUAAGAUCCUUGUACCGUUCCACGUGCUUCAGAUCUUGUCGUUCCUCCRCCGUUAAUGAGAAAACUCUCUUCCAUGGCCUUCGCCAUUACAGCAGCCGAAGCCUCUUCCCUCUCUCUCCCCGAACCAUUGCUGUGUAUUCAAAUUGCAUGUCUUCUGCCAGGUAUUGUAGUCCUCCUUCAGAAAUGGGCAUCUGGGGGCUACGUUCAUUCAGUGAAGAUGUAACUCACUUGCCUGUCAUAACAGACCUUUACAUUCAAAAUGUUUUUAAGGAUUUAAUGGCUGCAAGUUGGGAUGAGCUCCCAGAUGCUGUCAUCAAUGACGCUAAGAGGGCUCUGUCCAAAAAUACCGAUGACAAGGUUGGGCAGGAGGUCUUGAAAAAUGUUUUCCGUGCAGCCGAGGCUGUUGAACAGUUUGGUGGGGUCCUUGUCACUUUAAGGAUGGAAAUUGACGACAGCAUUGGGUUGAGUGGUGAGAAUGUGAAGCCCCUGCCAGAUGAGUUUGUAAAUGCUCUCCGUACAGUCUACAAACGCUACAUGACAUACUUGGAUGCAUUUGGUCCCAAUGAAGUCUAUUUGCGGAAGAAAGUUGAGAUGGAAUUAGGGACAAAAAUGAUACACCUAAAGAUGAGAUGCAGUGGCCUUGGUUCUGAAUGGGGAAAGGUCACAGUUCUUGGGACCUCUGGGCUUUCUGGGUCGUACGUUGAGCAAAGAGGCCCGUAAGAAAUCAUCAUUUUACUGUGAGCAUGUUAGUCUUGGAUCAUUCUCUGUCCCUACUUGGAGCAGGUUACAUGUGUAUUCUAUCCAAGGAAAUUGUCCUAGUUCGAGUGACUUUGCAGGAAAAUAAAAAGAUCUUGAGCAUUUCCUUCAAGGCAAUUUAACAUGUUUGAUCCGAACUCUCUAUUUUGAUGAAGAUGUUGCCAUUUGAUAUGGUUUACGUCUGCUACCAACACCUUUUAUGAAUGCAUCUUUUAUUACGGAUCAAAUUUUAUUGGAAAGCACAUUUAAUCUCUGUUUAUUGAGAUCCUUUGCCGAUGCUAAGAUUUA